GAAAAAAAAAACAGAGAGAAUAAAACAAGUAAAACAAAUAUUAAAACACCUCCAUUCUAUAUUCUACAUAGAAUACAUUGUACUACUAGAAUGUCAAUAUCUAAUAGCACAGUAAAUCUAAAAUUGGUGGUACUCAUCUUGGGGAGUGGGCGCGUUCUCUCUUCGUUCUUUUUCCCGUUCUAUUUUCGAAUUAAAAAUUAAAAUAAAACAGAAUAAAAUCCCAUUAAAACCGCCAUCAUACCACAUCCACCCCCGCAAUCUGACGCCGUCGCCACUGCCAUUCAUGUGAAAAACAAACGCAUUCCCAAGCGCGUGGUUGGUGGGUGACAUGGUUGGUCCGAUCCCCGCGCGCCAUUGCCGAGGAACACCAAGGUUAACGCACGAUUGGAACGGAAACGGAAAACGAGGCGAGCCCAACCCCACACUUUCGUGGCCUUGCAGCAGCCGCCCAGCCGUACCCUUUCCCAUAUAACUUGGCCCUAUGUCUUAACAUCAAAUGGUUUAUCGCCAUCUCAUCAAUCGACACACAGCUAAUCAAUCACAACACCUCUGCGCAUCAUGGCCAGUCUUCGUUUGAUCCCGCUGCGCAACUUCGCUGUCGUCGCCUUCCUAGGCGCGUUCCUGUUUAAAUGGUUCCAGGUCCAGGUGCCCGCUGAGGUGGCAGCAUUUCCACCACAGCUGCCGAUUGGCGAGUGGCCACCUUGGGUGAUUUACACAAGCGUCUUUGGAAUCAUUUUUGCAGCCCAGGCCGCUGCUUUUACCUUUUACUCAGUCCUCAUCUACCCCUUCUUCGUGUCGCCGCUCCGACAUCUGCCUAUGCCCAGUGGCAGAAUCCCUCUGCUUGGCCAUGGUCGAGACUUGCGAAUCUAUGGCCCAGGAGUCAUGUCCCGCCAAUGGUUUAAAGAGCUCCCUGACGCUGGCUUGUUCCGCCUCCACUGGCACGGCAAUCAGGAAAUCAUCAUUGUCCGUUCUCCCCAGGCUCUGGCUGAUAUUCUCGUCAAGAACAGUUACACCUUUGAGAAGCCUGACUUUGCACGUGAAUUCCUUGCCUUCAUCAUCGGCUGGGCCUUGUUGACCACAGAAGGUGAUGAGCACAAGAAGCAGAGACGCAACAUGUUGCCUGCCUUUUCUUUCAGACACAUCAAGGAUCUGUACCCUCUCUUCUGGAGCAAGUCCGUCGAGGUUGUAUCUGCCAUGACGGAGGAGCACCGCAAAAACAUGGAUGCCGAUGGUUACGCUGACAUGGAGAUUUCCUCCUGGUCCGUCCGCAGUGGACUCGACAUCAUUGGUCUUGCCGCCACUGGCAUCGACUUUGGCGCCGUCAGAGACCCCAACAGCCCGCUUGCCCAGAGCUACUACUGCUUGAACCCGGAUCCCAGCGAUUUCGUCCUGCUUGGUCUGCGUGCCUUUCUCCCCGGCUUCAUUUUCAGUUGGCUGCCACUUCCACGUGUCUGGAGAGUGUCCAAGGCAACAAAGCACCUUCGCCGUGUCUGCCGCGAGCUAAUUGCGGACAAACAGCAGAAGGUUGCGAACAAGGAGGACAGUGGCGUUGAUAUUCUUAGCGUUGCCCUCCGCGGUAAUCUCUUCUCUGAUGACGAACUUGUGGAUCAAAUGAUGACCUUCUUAUCUGCGGGCCACGAAACCACUGCUGCUUCGCUCGUGUGGGCCUUGUACUUACUCGCCAAGCACCCAGAUGUGCAAGAUCGCCUUCGCAAGGAGAUUCGCGAGAAUUUGCCAUCGCCCGAUGCACCGAGUACUGGAGCUGGUAUUGCAAGCACUGACGUAGACGGCCUUCCAUAUCUCAAUGCUGUCUGCAGCGAGGCUCUCCGUACAAACAGCCCUGUGCCUGCCACCAUUCGAGUUGCUAUGGAGAACACCACAGUGGCCGGACAGUACAUCCCCAAGAACACAAUUUUUGCCUUACCCAUCUGGGCCAUCAACACAGACCCUCAAUUAUGGGGUGAAGACGCCGCCGAGUUUCGUCCGGAGCGCUGGUUGACCCCCGAGCAGGGUGGUACUAGCAAGGUAAACGCCGGUAGUGGUGGUGCGACGAGCAACUAUGCCUUCAUGACCUUUAUCCACGGGCCGCACAGCUGCAUCGGUGGCGCAUUCUCCAAAUCGGAAAUGGCCUGUCUCCUGGCGGCGUGGAUCGGGCGUUUCGACUUCCGCCUCAAAGAUGAGAGGCUUCUAGACGAACGCAACAUUCAAGUCAACCCCAGCGUAGUCGCCAAGCCGGAAGGCGGCAUGGUUAUGCGAACUAAGCUUGUGGAAGGUUGGUAAAAGACGGAGCGGCGUAUCCGGUUAGCGUAUCAUUUUUUAUCUCUUUGUUAGGUUGCGGGAAUAAUUGUAUCGUCCUUUUCCUAUUGGGGGUAUGCUUGCGUUGCUUUCCUACAGCUAGUACGACUCAGUCUCUAUAGCGUCUAUGUUGCUCGAGCACUACCGUACCACACCCAUGCUGGUGCAUGCUGCAUGGUAUAGGAGGCUUUGACAAAAGGACCCCUG